AUGAAAAGUCAUCAUAAUCAUCUUCAUUCUUCCUUUACUUCUUCUGAUAAUAACAAUUCUAUCAUACACUUAAACUACAAUCACCAUUUCACAAAAACCAUGGCAAUAUCACCUCAAACUUUUCCAACAACUAAACGACCACCUUCAGAGUCGUCGUUUAUCUCUCCAAACCUCAAUAACUUUAAUCUUCUACACUCUCUGUUACACCUCACACACCAAAUAGGUUCAUUAAACGCAGCUCCUUGGUGUCGUUUUCUGUUGAACAAAACCUCCUCUUCCACCAUCCGUAAAACGCAGCUACUUGGCGUCGUUUUCGAAGAACUAGUUUGCAAUUUCAAUUCAAUUUCAAUUUCAACUACUCUAUGUUCAAACUCGUUUGUUCUUUGUCUUGAAGAAAUGUACAUAGUGUUACACAGAAUUAAAACCUUGAUUGAAGAUUGUUCCAAUGGAAGUAAAUUCUCUGUUUUGAUGCAAAUAGAAACCGUUGCUGAUAAUUUUAACAAACUCACCGGAGAAUUAUCAACGCUUCUUGAUGUUUUUCCGAUUCAACAGUUUAGCCUCAACGACGACGUUUUGGAGAUUGUUCAUCUCAUCAAAAAACAGUGUUCAGAAUCAAAACUUCAAUUAGGAGAAGAACAAACUAAGCUCCGAAACGAUGUCGUUUCUGUUCUCGAAGGGAUUAAAAGAGAGAUUAUCCCGAAUCAAGAAAAGCUAUCUUCGAUUUUCGAGAAAUUGGAGAUCCGCGAUUCAUCAAGUUGCAGAAGUGAGAUUGAAAAUCUCCAAGAAGAGAUUCAGAAUCGAAGCGAAGAACAAUCGAAAUCCGAAAUCGUUGCUUUGAUCGGCCUCGUUCGUUAUGCGAAGUGUGUUCUCUUCGGAGCAUCGACACCGUCGACGAGAAACGAGACGCUACGGCGGAAUCAGUCGUUGGAUGUGGUUGUUCCGUCGGAUUACCGUUGUCCGAUAAGCUUAGAACUGAUUCGGGAUCCUGUUGUCGUGGCAACAGGACAGACGUACGAUCGUGCCUCCAUUAAGUUAUGGAUUGAAUCUGGACACAACACGUGUCCGAAAACAGGUCAGACCCUGGUCCACACGGAUUUAAUACCUAACCAUGCUUUGAGAAACAUGAUAGCUUUGUGGUGCCGAGAACAGAAAAUUCCGUUUGAUGAUGAAACGGUUACCGUUAAAAUAAACGGCGGGGUGACGAAUAAAACAGCAUUUGAAGCCACAAGAAUGACGGCGUCAUUUUUAGUCAACAAGUUGAAUAAUGGGUCAUUACUUUCAGGGGAAGAUACAAACGCUGUCGUUUAUGAGCUUCGGGUGUUAUCGAAAACAGAUUCAGAGAGCCGAGCCUGUAUAGCCGAAGCUGGAGCCAUAGAGCUUUUGGUUCGGUUUUUAAGCUAUGAAGCUGGUUCGCAACACCCGAGCCUACAGGUUAACGCUGUUACAACGAUUUUAAAUCUUUCGAUACUUGAAGCGAACAAGACAAGGAUAAUGGAAAGUGACGGGGCGUUAAAUGGAAUAACGGAGGUUUUACGAACAGGUGCCACGUGGGAGGCUAAAUCGAAUGCUGCGGCUACGGUGUUUAGUUUAACGGGAGUUGUGGCUUUUAGAAAACGUUUAGGGAGAAAGAUACGUGUCGUUAGUGGAUUGGUAGAGUUAGCGAAGUGUGGGCCUGAGGGAGCGAAACGGGACGCGCUUGCGGCGAUUCUGAAUCUGGCGUCGGAUCGUGAGACGGUGGCGAGGUUAGUUGAGAGUGGUGCUGUGCAGAUGACGGCGGAGAUUAUGACGGGAAUGCCGGAGGAAGCUGUGACGAUACUUGAAGCAGUGGUUAAGCGUGGAGGAUUGGUGGCGGUGGCAGCUGCUUUUAUGGGGAUAAAGAAAUUGGGGAAGGUGUUGAGGGAGGGAUCGGAGAGAGCAAGGGAGAGUGCCGCAGCGACGCUUGUGACCAUGUGUAGGAAAGGUGGAUCGGAGAUUGUGACUGAGCUUGCAGCUAUUCAUGGAGUGGAAAGGGUGAUUUGGGAGUUAAUGGCGGUCGGGAGUGUGAGAGGGAGAAGGAAGGCCGCAACGUUGUUGAGGAUUUUACGGCGGUGGGCGGCGGGUUUGAACGGUGGUGAAAUGGAAGGAUUUUCAACCACUAAUGCUUCUUCUGUUAGUGCGUCAACUACCGUGGUUGUUCCAACUACCACUUCAUCAGCACAGUAUCACAAUUAA